CUGUUCUAUCCUAUGCCUACUAUGUUUUGGUCGUCGUCUUCCUCGUCGGUGGUUCCGUUCUAUCCCCGUUUCGUGGCCGGCGUGGGAAAAUGCAUAGCUACACACCGCCGAGAAGUGAGAUGAAAGUCAAAUUUAUUGAAACAGACGGACGCGACGCACAGACAGAGGGGUAGGGUAGAACGCCAUGCAGCCAAGCAGAUAGAUCGUGGGAACGGUUCUGGGUUGGUUGGGUUCUGACGACGAGCGACGACCGACACGGAGUGAGGUGGGGUGAAUAAAUUUUUAAUGAUAUCGAGGAUCGGUGGGAACAACAUGUGCGCGCAGAGGAAAGUGGGUUCGGAUCAAAUAGCUUCACACUCUGUGGUUGCUUUGGGAUUUCGGGAGCGCGCAUUCGCAAGUCGGAAGCGAACGGUGAUAGAUCGGGUUCGAUGAGCUGCGUAGAAAGCGGUGCGAGAAUAGAGUGAUUAUUGAUACGGAAGUGAAUCGUUGAGCUGAUUGCACCUCGCGUCGCGUGGAGGUGUUUUAUGGAAUUGGAUUAGUUGCUGCCUGUGAACUAAAGAUGGAUUUUCCGGGGAAGUCGGAUCAUCAUGGCAGUGAAGGUCGGGAUGCGGAGAGCUAUCUCAGAAGGAUUAAAGCGGAAAUAAGAAAGACCAACAAACCAAUUAUGGAGAAGAAACGACGAGCAAGGAUAAAUAAUUAUUUAAACGAUCUCAAGGCCCUGCUACUGGAUGCUAUGAAGAAAGAUCCUAUCCGUCAUUCAAAACUAGAAAAGGCGGACAUUUUGGAUCUAACCGUGAAGCACCUGCAGGACAUGGAACGUCGUAAACUGGCCAUUGCGAUGGCCGUAGAUCCGACUGUGGUUGAUAAGUUCAAAAGUGGAUUUAACGAGUGUAUCGAAGAAAUCGACAAAUAUCUCAACACGGUGUCCGGUGUAGACUCCGGAAUCAAGCAACGCAUAUCGAAUCAUCUAAAGUCCUACUUGAAGUAUCAACGGUUUCCACAGCCUGGCGCAAUGGGCCCUUUUGGAGGUCUCUUUGGUCGAUCUUCGGACGAAAUCAACAACAACGGACGACUGGCAAUGGACGCUAUGCCACUGAUCCCUUCAUUACUUCCAAGUGGAGAACUGGCCUUCAUCAUGCCUCACAACAGCACCAAUACCUUGCCUAUAUUCCCCAGGCUUCCUCCACUUAACGCAAGCCACUUCAAGCCGAUCCUCCAAGAGAAGCAGCCAUUUGCUCCGAGCCCUCCGUUGAGCCCAGUUUCAGAUCAAGAUAGCACCAAAGGAGACCCCAAGACAACCACUCCUCUAACGAAACUGAGACCCGGACUAGCCGAACAUUUGAUGGCAGCCUUCCCUACGCCCCCAACGCCUGAAGAUUCCACACGAGCAUCGGCUUUCAAGCCCAACCAUAAACUGAUCGACCGUAUACGACUGCGGUGCGAACCGAUCGAAAGAGAAGAGCAAUCGGACACCAAGCGGAGGAAAGUUGACCGAGAAGUGGAGUUUAGUGAGGAUGAUAGCGAUGAAGAGGAUGAUGCUGAUGCGGAUGCAGAUGGGAAGGAUACAGCAGGUGGAGAUAUGUGGAGGCCUUGGUGAGAGGGGGCAGUUCAAGUGGAGAUGAAUUUGUGAUACCAAGAAAACAAAACUUCUAUAUCAUGAAUGAAACUUACGAGCUUUAAAACAUAGAUAAUAAUUUGGUAGAAUAUAGUUGAAUCUUAAGCAUAUGAAUAGUUUGCUCUGGAAUAUUUGUAAGACGUUUAUAGUGGUUUACAGAAAUAAACAAGAUUUUUAUUUUCA